AUGUUUUCCGACACAAAUAUACAAGAUCUCGAGACUUUAUUACACAAAGGCAUUGUCUGCAGGCCUGUCAAUUACUUCUUCAUAAAGCGCAACUAUACGAACCGCGAGCUCAAUACCUUGAGAAGCCUGGAGCCGGACGCAAGCAAAGCCAUUGGACGUCAGCUAUCAGACACCGAACGCAAUGUCCUGCUCGAGUACAAAGGCAACUCAAUCGCAUCUGAGUCUCGGCCGUCAGCAUUUACAGUGUCUAUUGCGGCUCUGGGUGGAGUGUUGAGCACCAUGAUCAUGAUGAGAGCACGCAGGCGCCGGAUCUGUGGCCAACUCGUCCAUCGAAUUCAGGAUCGCCAUCUGUCCUUGCGUGAUUUUUGUGGUAUCGCCUCUGUUAUCGCUCUCCUGCUCAAACCCACUGGGAGCCAGCCUCUAUCGCUCGAAAUCCUCGGCGAUCCUCGUAUGAGUGAAUUCAGAAGAUCGAUACAAGGCAGAAAAAAGGAGUUCGGCGGCCAUGAACCAAAACUUGUCAGAAGAAUGAACAGAAACAUCGAAGAACCAAUUCAAUGGUUCAGAGCCGCGUCAAGGUCGAAAUAUAUAGCUUCGAUCAAGGUGUCACCUCCCAGGGAAAUAGACCGUGAGGAAAGUCUGCCCAUCACAGAUCAUCCUGAUCAUCCUGAUCUAACUUGGCCAGAGGGAUCCUCAAGCUACAGAAAGCAGCUCAGAGGCAACCUCAUUGCGAGAGAAAACCAGAUCCUGGAGAACAUGAGCUGGCAAGAGGUCCUCAAGGUUCUUGAACUUUGCAAUCGGGCGGAACCACUUGAUACGUUUGUGUAUAAUCCGCCGGCUCCGAUCCCUCACUUGUACGUCGAGUAG